AUGGCUGACACCGGAGAUGACCCGCAGGCCUCCGUCAUUACCCCCUCCCCUUCCUAUACAGCCGUCCACCAUGCGCAAAAAACGGAGUUGACGGAUGAUCCUCUAUUAGCACAGCGACACCCAAACCUCAAUCUCACGCCGGAGGAAAAGCGCGUCUUUUACCAGCUUUUCCAGGCUGCGGAUACUACCAACCUCGGCGUCAUCACUGGUGAAAUCGCCGUUCCAUUCUUUGAGAAGACCCAUCUCCCCCCUGAUACCCUCGGUCUGAUAUGGCAAAUUGCGGACAAAGAGAACAGGGGUUUGCUGACCCCAUCUGGCUUCGGAAUCGUCCUACGGUUGAUUGGACAUGCCCAAGCUGGUCGCGCACCCUCUGAUGAGCUGGCUCUCCAAAGUGGCCCUAUUCCUCGUUUCGACGGAAUUGUAGUAGAUACGACGGCAAACAUCCCAGAAUCAGGAACUGCGAGCCCUCCUCCUGGCCCCGGUGGACCCAUCAGAGUCCCUCCCCUCCAGGCCGAUGAUGCCAACAAAUUUGUUUCGUUGUUUGAGAAGUCAGACGUUCACAAUGGGAUGAUUUCGGGCGAAAUUGCGAAGCAGAUAUUCGAACGCGCCCGACUUCCGAAUGAGGUUCUGGGUCGUAUUUGGUUUUUGUCCGACACCAAGCAACGCGGCGCUUUGGAUGCCACUGAGUUUACGAUUGCUAUGCAUCUGUUGACUUCUUAUAAAUCUGGUGCUUUGCGCGGAAUUCCAGCGACACUUCCCCCCGGCCUGUAUGAUGCAGCAGCUCGGCGGGGGUCCGCACCCGCACCCGCACGUGCGUCUUUCGGGUCGCGCCCCGAGGUGCCUCCCGUCCCUACCAUCCCGAAGCAGUUCACAGGACCCCACAGAACCACGAGUCCCCUGAACCCAGCCAGUCGCCAGCAGUUUGGAGGAUCCCUCUCUGCGCAGGUUACUGGGGGUGACUGGCUGAUCACCCCUCCAGAGAAGGUUCAGUUUGACAGCAUCUUCGAGACAGUUGACACGGCUAAGCUGGGUUUCAUCACCGGAGAUCAAGCUGUUAGCUUCUUUAUGAAGGCCCAGCUACCCGAAGAAACGCUCGCUCAAAUUUGGGAUCUUGCCGAUAUUGACGCGGACGGUCAACUCAGCCGGGACGAGUUCGCUGUGGCUAUGUACCUUGUGAGAUUGCAACGCGGCGGAAAAGAGCCGCUCCCACAGGUCGUGCCUCCUGCACUCAUUCCUCCCAGCAUGCGCCGCCAGGCACCUGCGCCAAUGGCUGCCCCUGCCCCUCCCCCAGCGCCAGCUCCAUCAGUGAGGACUGCUGCCGAUGAUCUGUUCGGCCUGGACUCUCCUGCGCCGCCAUUUGCGCAGCCUCAGAUGCCGCAAUCUACUGGAGGUUCCAAUAGUGCAUGGCAAAUUCCAGCCUCGCCCUCCAGAGGAUCUCCUCAAACCGCCUCCAAUAUCUUCAAGCCUUUCGUUCCAUCAUCCACCUUUGGCCAGAGCUUGCAGCCUCAGAUGACUGGUGCCUCCGCGGGAACCCCGGUAGCAGCACGCUCACCUCCACCUCCCUCGGAUGAUCUUCUUGGUGACAAUGAUCCCGAAGAAUCAAACAAGCUGACACAGGAAACCACUGAGCUAGCGAACCUGUCAAAUCAAAUCGGUUCUUUGGCCAAGGAGAUGCACACUGUACAAGAGAAGCGAACUUCUGCGGAACAGAACAUUACACAAACUUCGCAGCAAAAACGUGACUUUGAGACCCGUCUUGCACAGGCGCGGUCCAUGUAUGAACAAGAGGUCGCCAAGUUCAAGGCACUUGAGGAGCGUCUCAAGUCAUCCAAAGCCGAAACCGAGAAGUUGUCUCAGCAGUAUGCCUUGCUUGAGGGCAGUCGCCAGGAUUUGCAAAACCAAUAUACACAGGUUGCGACUGCGCUGGCCGCUGAUGAGCAAGAAAAUGCUAGCUUGAAGGAGAAGAUUCGGCAAGCCAAUGCAGAGGUUGCUCAACUUAAGCCAGCAUUGGAGAAGGCUCGCUCUGGUGCGCGCCAGCAAAAGGGCCUGGUUGCCAUCAACAAGAAGCAACUGGCUACAGUUGAAGGCGAACGUGAUAAGAUCCAAGGAGAAAUCGAUGGCUUUGCAACUGAGACCCCACAGUACUCCGAGGAUGGUUCGCAGACCCCGAGUGGUAGUGUGCCAGAAGUUACAAGCCCUGCAGCUUCCACUGCGAGCCAAAACACGAACCCAUUCUUCCGCCGAGCUGGUAGUUCAAGUGAACAGGCACGGUCGCCCGGUGUCGCAAAUGACCAACAGAAGGCGUUUGACAGCCUUUUCGGACAAUCCUUCGCAGGCUCCGCCGCAGGACCACCACCCACCUCAUUCCGUUCUGAGUCGCCCCAAGUUGCAGUCAGUUCUCCUCAUACCGCUGCGCCGACUCCAUCGGUCUCUCCGCCCCCUGGCCCUUUGCCUGGUGCAUUCCCUUCCGGGACCUUGUCUGAGCCCCCAGCGCCAAGCCAGUCGCAACAACUGACUCCCAAUUUUCUUCAAUUCAAUGACACCCAGUCAGUGACCUCGUCAACGAUGGUUUCGCCUCCAGCUAGUCGAUUCGGUGGUCCUGACACUUCCGGAUUCGGUACUCCAACCCAGGACGUCAGUGACUAUGGUGGCGCCGCCUCCAUCGCAGAGUCCAGUGAUUACAGCCGUGCGCCAACCUCAACAGUUGAAGGUACCCCCGCCCGAUCCCCAUUUGAGGAGGAGGGACUGGACGCUUCGACCAAGUUCCCCGAGGUCCCUGCAGUAGCCACAAAUGAGGCCCAGUCUGCCACUUCUCCCACCCACCUCGAAGGCCAGGGUGAAAACAAAGACUUGAGCUUUGACGAGUUGUUUGGUAGUAAGGCGCACAAGCGUUCCGAAUCUCAGCAAGGAAACGACUUUGAGGAAGCAUUUGCUUCUAUGAAGCAAACAUCCGGAGCCGAGAGGACAAAUGGCGCGGCUUCAGCUGGUGCAUCUGAGUUCCCUCCAAUCCAGGAGCUCCACCACGACACCGAAGAUGACGACAGCUCGGACGAUGAGCAUGUUUUGGGUUUUGAUGAUGACUUCACGCCUGCCGCGCCUAACGCUCUUAAGGACGUUAAACCUGAUUCCAUUGAUGCUGCCCAGCUAGCUGCUUUCCCUGUCCCGGGAAACAACGCCAAACCCCCCUCUCCCGACGCUCAGCAGAGUCCUCCUGCAUAUGACACUGCCAAGGAGGAUAACACCCAUCUUCCUCCCCAAUUUGAUGGCUUGCUGCCUGAGCGUGCUGACCCCACUGUGGCUCCUGACGCGCCUCAUUCAGUGGAGCAUGCUACCGGAGCCCCGGUCGUGAGCAAUGAGACUCAACGGGACUCUAUCUCAGAAACAGGUCUCCCAGCUGGGGGAGCGAAGGUCGGCGGACCUGACUUCGAAGCGGCUUUCGCCGGAAUGAAUCUUGCACCCGCUGCUGAGGCAGAUGAUGAGGAUGACGACGAGCCUGGAAGUCAAGACAUCAAGAACACGAACGACUUUGAUUUCUCUUUCGACUCCCCGUCCCAAACUCAGCAGCCCCUUUCGGCCACCAAUACUGGCCAAGGAAACUCAUCUGAGUUCUUCUCCUUCGACAAAAACGUGCAGGCCCCCACUCAGCCAGUCGCCUCGCCUGCCGAGGGUGGGUCAAAGCCAGCUGCCCACGAGUGGGAUGCACUUUUCGCGCCUCUCGAUAACGCCCAGUCUGCCACCGGCAAGGAGUCAACAGACGAACGUUCUAAGCAGCCUGGAUGGGCUCUGAACAACGAUUCUGGUGAAGAUGAUCUGAUCCUGCAGCGGUUGACCGGUAUGGGCUUCACCCGGGAUGAGUCUUUGGAUGCCCUGGAGAAGUACGACUACAACCUCGACAAGGCUGCGGACCACUUGACUUCGAAGACUUGA